GAAAUUGCAGUAGAUGAAUGUUUAUAAUAGUUUUAUGAGCAACUCAUAACAAAGAAAUAGUUGAUAUGUUCGAAAACCCAAAUCCAAAACCAUUACUACCAACACGUGUUGCCCGUUUAGAGGAACUAUUAUUAGGCAAGACAACGUAUUCGCUACAACCGGAAAAGCUUGUUAACUAUGUUCUUAAUUCGUAUGGAUUCUACAAAAAACAAGAAACAUUCCCAUUCGAUAUAUGGAAUAUGGGUAAUCAAGCAAUUAUGCAUUUAUAUCGAGCUGGAAUUAAACAAAGACGUCAGUUACACAUACAAAAUGUAAAACAUACUUGGUGGAGACCGAAAUCAGUAAGGAGAAGCUCUGGAAAAAUAGGGUACACCUAUAAACCACAAAGUGCUCAAGAAAAAGUAAUUUCAUCAACUAAAUCAGAAAUUACAGAUCCAACAGAAAGUAGCGUUAAUUUUGAACCGAUAAGAAGAAUUCAAACCCUUGCUGAAAAUGUUCGAGAUGAAUCUAUUAGCUUAGAUGAAGUUCGACCAAUACUACGUAAUAUAUCACAAGAAAUGGUUCAUGGGGUUAUUGAAGGAAGUGAGGAGAAAAGUUCAAAGUUUUUGGAAAUUCUAGAACAAAAUCAACAAGUUACUUUAAUUGGAGAGGAAAUGAAAAAUAAUAUAUCUGAAUCAAACUAUACAGAACAAGUAAAUCGACAAAAUUCAAUUUUAAGUGAAAUCUCUGCAAAAGAAUUAGCUGAAGUAUUUUUAAAUGAUUUAACUGAUAAUGUAUCCGUAUAUUUGGAAGAUAUUUUAGAUGAACUAAUACAAAACAAUAAUAAUAAUAAUGAUAAUAAUGAUCUUCAAUCAUAAUGAUCAUAAUAAGUGUAAUAAUAAUUAUGUAACAUAUCAAUUAAACAAAAUCAAAUGAUCAAUUUGGAAGAGAUUUGUUCUUUUAACUUUGAGAAUAAAG